AAUCAAAUCUUUAGAGGAGCAUGACAAGAACAGUGACAAUAAAGCUCAAAACCCAGAAAGCUCAUCCUUUCAGUAUCAUGUUUUCCCAUUUCGAGCUGUAGCCUACUCUCUUUUCUGAAGGGGUUUAGGAAAAAUUUUUGGUUUUUGUGUCAAGGGGGAAACCAGAAAAGCUGUUUCAAAUGGAGAAUUCGGUGAAGAAACAAGAUGGGUUUGAAUUCUGUAAUGAUAUUGAGUCCGUCAGCGAGUUGAGUACUUCUGAGUCAAGACAGAGCAGUUCGAGUGAGUCGUGCUUGGGGACUUUCACUGAGAAAGUUAAGACAAUCGGGUCCUCUUCACCUCCGCUGUUUGUAAGGCCCACAAAGAGUGCUACAGUGUCGAAAAGCUCGGUUCUUUCCGAUGUCAAUGGAGACGAAGACAUGACCGAGUCCGAGGAUUCCAGGUUUAAGAAAUUGGGUGCAAAGGUUUCAGAGAUUGAAAUGAUGAAGGAAAGGUUUGCAAAAUUGUUGCUUGGGGAAGAUAUGUCAGGGUCUGGAAAAGGGGUUUGCACAGCUUUGGCUAUUUCAAAUGCCAUUACCAAUCUCUGUGCUUCAAUAUUUGGGCAAUUAUGGAGAUUGGAACCCAUACCCGAUGGGAAGAAAUCCAUCUGGAGAAGAGAGAUGGAAUUGCUUCUUUGUGUUUGUGACAACAUUGUUGAGCUCAUUCCUUCUUGGCAAACUUUUCCGGAUGGGAGUAAGCUUGAGUAUCUUCUGUUCUUUUUGCAGGUUAUGGCUUGCAGACCUAGAUCAGAUAUUUUCAUCAAUCUUCCAGCUCUGCAUAAACUAGAUAACAUGCUUCUUGAAAUACUAGAUAGUUUUACCAAUACAGAAUUUUGGUAUGUGGAUCAAGGGAUUGUUGCCCCUGAAGCUGAUGGCUCAGCUUCCUUUCAAAGAAUAAUUCAACGCCAAGGGGAGAAGUGGUGGCUACCUGUCCCUCGUGUGCCUCCUGGUGGUCUCAGUGAGGAUUCAAGAAAGCAAUUGAACCACACUCGGGAAUGCACUAAUCAGAUACUGAAAGCUGCAAUGGCCAUUAACAGCAUUACCUUAUCAGAGAUGGAAGUUCCUGACUCAUACUUGGAAGCACUUCCCAAGAAUGGAAGAGCUUGCCUAGGGGACAUCAUUUAUCGGUAUAUCACAUCUGAUCAAUUCUCAGCAGAGUGCCUGCUUGAUUUCCUUGAUCUGUCCUCUGAACACAUGGCUAUUGAGAUUGCAAACCGUGUGGAAGCCUCAAUAUAUGUGUGGCGUCGAAGAGCUCACUCCAAGUUACCAAUUAAUCCAAACCGUUCUGCUGCAAAGUCAUCAUGGGAGAUGGUAAAGGACCUAGUAGUUGAUGGAGACAAGAGAGAAUUCCUAGCAGAAAGAGCAGAAAGCCUCUUGCUUUGCUUGAAACAACGCUUUCCUGGUUUGUCUCAAAGUACCUUAGAUACCAGCAAAAUCCAGUGCAACAAGGAUGUUGGAAAAUCCAUUCUUGAAAGCUAUUCAAGAGUUCUGGAAAGCCUGGCAUAUAACGUUGUUGCUCGUAUAGAUGAUUUGUUGUAUGUGGAUGACUUAAGCAAACAUUCAGAUAAACUGUCAUUAUCAGUCCCUUCAGUGAGUGUAAUUGCUCACAAGAAGGUUACAAUCCCUUAUUCAGUGCCCGUUCUGAGCACUCCUUACAUAACAGCCUCUACCACACCAUGCUUUUCACCUGCACUGCUACUCAGCCCUACAAGGAGGGAGGUAACUCCUUUUCUCAAGGAGAACAACAACAACAAGCCUCAUCGACGUGGCUUUGGAGUGAGGAGGGUUUUGACUAAUUACCUUGGUGUCGAGUCAAAAGCAAGGAUAAGUGGCAAUCCAGCUGAUGGUUCAUGCUCAAUCCCAAACAACAACACCACAGAGAGCUCAGCACAUCAAGAGGAGCAGAAUGCAUCAAAACAAUCAUCAUCACAACAAAAUGGAAGCUGAAUGCAUCAGAAUACACCCCAUUAUACUGUCAAGACAAUUGAGAUUUCUUCUAAAAAGUAAGAGUUAAGUACAGCAUGAGAAUUAGGAGAAAACUUUAGUAAGCUUCCUAUAGUAAAAUACUGAUUUCUAUGAAUUGGUAUUUCCUUUUUCUGCUUCAGUGAAUCAUGUAUUUGGGUCAUUGGGUGCUUAUCCCUUAUGGGAAUAACAAUGUAACUGAGAUCGUACCAGAUAGAAUAUAGACGAGUGCUUCUU